AUGACGACCGACGAAGAAGAAAUAAUGACGGAUAGUGAACCGGAAAUUAGUGAUGAUGAGUUUUGCGAGAAUGACAAUAAGUUCACCAAUCGUGCUCCUUUUCCAGAUGAAUGUGACGACGAAGCAAAAGGUAUUGAAUCCUUUUCUGCCUGUUUUGACGAACGUUACAAUAGUUGUCCGGCAUUUUAUCCUGGUUCUCUUUCAUCCGCUUGUGAGUCAGCUUUCAAUUCUAAAGUGGUUGAAGAACGUCGUCCAGUUCUUGUCUAUAUCCAUGAUGAUAAGAGCAUGUUGAAUAACAUAUUUUGUCAAACAAUCUUUUGUACGGAGAUUAUAAUUGAUUAUUUACUUGAAAACUAUAUUGUGUGGCCAUGGGAUAUUACAUUCAUAUCGAACAAAAACAAAUUAAUACAAGUGUGGAAAGAAAUAUUCUCUGAUCAAUUGUUAAAUAUUCAUGAUACAGAACAAUGUCCAAUGUUGAUUGGUAUAAUGCGACGAUCCGCAAAAGAUAAAUAUUGGGCAUUAAAAUCUGAAUAUCAGUUUAAAGUAUUAUUGAAAGGUGAUACUUUAAUGUGUAUUCAACAGAAAUCGAAUCGUGAGAGAGUCUUAAAUGAAAUGGCUAUUUUUAAAGAAGAAUGUGAUAGGAAUGAACAAAAUCGUUCAUUUGAUUUCGUUGGUAAGACUGGCCUUCCUGGGGAGUUAAUGCUUGAAAUAGUUAAAUAUCUUUCAUUAAAUGACGCCAUUAAUGCAUUUUCGGACAGUAUCCUUAUUUCAUUUAAAAAUUAUAACACAAAACUUCAAAUUUGUGAACCUUCAAAAGAAUUUAUUGAUCUAAUUCGUCAAAAAAUAAAUCUUCAACAAAUCGUUUCUUUACGUGUUAAGUCAGUUCCAAUAUGGCCUGAUUUUGAAAUAUCUUAUUUGUCUGUUUUCACAAAUGUCAUCUCACUUACUCUUCUCAAUCCAUGGAAUAUCGAUCAAAUAAAGACAUACACAAUACUUUUUCCGAAAUUAAAUUGUCUUUCGCUUUGGUAUGAUGAUGAAGUUAAUUUUAAUACGUUAAGUGAUAUUUUACAACAAUCUUUCUGUCAACAAAUUAGACGAUUCGAAAUUCAUUGUGCAGCAACAUCAUGUUCUCAUUUUCAAUGUCCACCAUAUGUGAAAAAUCUUAACGUUAGAUAUUUUCUUUUUUAUUUUGGACACUAUUCUUUACUUUCAACGGCUCAAUGUACGGAGCAAAAUAAGUCAUGUUUUUUAUUGGGAAUAAUUGAUUUUAUUAAAAGUAUGACCAAUGUUCGAUACGUUCGUCUUAUUACUAAUAAACAUAAUCUUGAUGAAGUGUCAGAUUAUAAUCAAUGGAAGACUUUGUUAGAUGUUUGUCCGAAUUUGAAGAGAAUUACAAUAGAAAGUAUUAUACCAGGUGAACAACUCGUAAAGAAGGCUAUAGAAAUAUAUAGAACAUUGAGUACGACACAAUAA